AUGCCUCCUGCUCGUUCCCCCCAAAUCGACCCAGCUCUAUCGCUCUACCCCCCCUACUACCCAUAUCAACAGCCUCAGCAGCACAUCAACCACCACCUUGCAGUUUCUCAGAAUUUAUCUUCCCCAUCAUCACAAGGAUCGGACACAAUGGGUACACCCCCAAACGACAACCUGUCUUACUCACCUGGCAAUUCAAACGGGAAGAGACCCUCCUCUUCUCUCGUCGGUGCGAUGGGCGAGAGCAGCAGGAAAAAAGCACGCUCAGAAGACAGCUUGGAUGGGCACAGCCCUGCUGCUGAUAAAGACGAGCCGAAGCCAAAGACCACCAGGGGUGCACGCGCGUGUACCGUCUGUCGGCGUCUAAAAAUGAAGUGCGUUGGUGCUGAGCAAGGCCCCCCUUGCAAACGCUGCAUUUCUGGGAACCACGAGUGCGUAUUCGAGGAAUCCAAUCGGGGUAAACGGUCCACCAAAAAACACGAGCUCCUUACUCGCUCACUAAAGAAGAUGGAGAAAACUCUGGACACUGUUCUAAAGUCCAUUGGUAACCCGAGUAUGGUCUCUGGCAUGGUAUCAAGAUCGCCUUCCCCGACAAGUCAAGCUGCACAGACCCAGGCGCUUCUGGCAUCACCAUCGCCUCCUCCUCAGUCUGCUUAUCCACCAUCAUCGAGCGCCAAUGCAUCUGCUUCCCCAAAGCUUCAUUCCCUUCCCGAUAACUCGCUUAACCCCCUCGGUCUGCUUGCUGAGGCAAGCUUGGCAAACCGACGCGCUCAGGGUAUCUCGUCCUCAUUCUCAGCGCGCCCAGCGGAUCCCGAUCCCGAUCACAAGGUGGGCGUGGCUAGUGAUAAUUAUUUUAGGCCAGGCCCGAUGACAAUACUCCCACUACGGCGCUUGUAUAUCGAACGGCAAAUUCAGCCCGAAAUGCUGAGCUUUGUUAGCACCGAGCAAGUGGUCGCGUUAUUUGAUAUCUUCUUUGACCAUCUGAAUGUUCACUGCGAGCUCUUUGAUAGAGAGUUCCACACUCCCUCGCUUGUCUGUUCCCGCUCGCCAUUUUUACUGACAACUAUUUGUGCGAUAUCAUCGAAAUUCUACACCCAGCGACCAGAACUUCAUCAGCAGCUUGCAGAGCUUGCACAGAAGCUCGCGUUUAGCGUACCUGCCAAAGGUUAUAAAUCCCUUGAAAUCGUACAGGCAUAUCUCCUCCUCACUCUUUGGGGAUGUGGUGCCGUAGAGCGCUAUGAGUACGACAAGACAUGGAUAUUGCUGGGAAUGGCCAUUAGGAUGGCGACAGACCUGAAUCUACAUCGGAAGACAACGAUGACCAGGCAAGACACACCAGAAGGUCGGGCUCGGGACAAGGAGGUUCACAACCGUGAGCGAACAUGGCUCUUGUGCUUCGCCCUCGACAGAAGCGUGAGUUCUCAAAUGGGAAAGCCUCAUUCCAUCAAGGAGGACUUUGUAAUUCGCAAUGCGCUGCAGUGGUUGAAGUCCCCCGUUGGUCAACCAGGUGACACUGCUUUAGCAGCAUCGGUCGAAUUACAGCGGAUUGUGUCCAGAAGCCUAGACUUCCUGUAUUCGGGCACUAACACCCCGUCCGGCUUACAGACCGACUGCGAUUACCUGAUCGUCAUCAAAACUAUCGAAACCCAGAUACUUGCAUGGCAACAUGAGUGGACAACUGCUCGACCUUUGCCGACUUUCAUGCUGUCGGAAUCCCAAACCACGAUGAAGUUUUACUUCCACUACUAUAUGUUGGUUGUGAACUCUUUUGGGCUGCAGAACGCUAUGGAGCGUUCGGCAGUGGAUAUCGGACACUUCUUCUCACGGUGUUAUACUUCAGCCACGGCAGUGGCUAUUGUCGCACGAGACGAGCUUGCGCCGAUGGGUAUGCUGAAGUAUUCGCCAGAUUCACAUUUCGUAUACAUUUCUUACGCGGUUCUCAGUUUGCUCAAGCUUAUCCGCUCGGAGUUUCAGCAGUUCAUUGAGAACGAGCAGAACAUCAUCGACCUCGUCAAGGACGUUGCAAACGUGCUCGCGGAUGUUGCUGUGAACUCUCAUCAUGCCCCAGCGCUGUACAGCACAUUCUUGCGGGCCUUGAUCACCGCUCGCACAGAUUCACCACAAGAGCCUGAAGAGGUGUCAUCUGGAGACCAAUCUGAUAACAUGAGCCAUGGCGACAUGGCCAACCACAUGAACAAUUCUGCGCUCUUCGGUGGUAACCCAGCGAUGGGAAUGAAUGGCACUAAUGGUAUGAAUGGCAUGAAUGAUUAUUCGUUCGCGAGUGAGAUGGGUCCUGUUGCGGAUAUUUCGACUUUCCCUCCCACUAUGGCUGAUAUGCCAUCUUCUGACGAACAUAUGGGUAUGCUUUCUAUGGAGAAUAUCCUGAGCAAUGGAUUCUGGGAUAGUGUAUUGGUACCUGGUUAUUCAGACACUAUGGAAGGGCUAAGCGGUGGCUUCGUGUUUGGGGCUGGAGGUAGUGGACUGAUCACUCCCGGUUGGCUCCCCUCUCCCAUACCAUCCGGCCAGAACACCCCAAUGCGACAAUCAAACAUGGACUUCACCCAACAAAAUCUAGUCUCCGUAUACCAACAGAGAAAGUAAUUAUAAAAACGAUGCGUUUCAUGUUCACGUUUCACCUGUCUGCGAUAUAUGUUGUUUUGGUUUUUGUUGUGCUCAAUUCUAUGUGCUCUACGUUAUAUUUGUGGAUUCCCUUUGUUGUGCUGUUUUAUCGCAUCCUAUUCGAUCGAAACACUGUAUUAUAUUUUUUCAAUGCUUGUUUCUUGAAAUGAUACUAGAUGGUCUCACGAGUCUGUGUGUCCCGAGAAGUCGUGCAUUGACUCUACACACGCAGUUCUGCACAGAAUCUUUAUGUAUGUUGCAUUGAGGUCACCCCGAUAUGAUACACAAUGCUAUAUUUUUAUUUGAAGAAAAUCGAAGUAGAUUUCGUCACAUGAUCAACUUAUUGGUGCUGGUCCAA